CCUCCAUUCGUCUUUCUACUACGCUAAAUUUUUCUGACGCCAUUGUGUUAAAAGUUUUUGCUCGUAAAGAAGGGUGAAGGAAAGUGAAAAUUGUGCUGCUGUUAAUAAUUGAUUGGUGUAGAAAAUACAGAGAAAGCAAAUAAAAUUAGCUCAAGUAAAUCUUUAACCCAAAGAAAAUAAUAUUCAAAAUGCGAGGUGGACGUGGCGGAUACGGUUCACGCGGCUCCGGCUCAAGCCGUGGCGGUAACAAUUACCGCAAUAAUAAUUAUGGGCGCAUGCAAAAUUCUGGCGGCAGAUCUGGAGGUCGUGAUGGAUAUAAUCACAACUACAAUAGCAGUGGCAAUUCUCGUUAUAACAACUAUAACUCUGGUGCAAGCGGUAGCGCAGGACACUAUGACCGCUCGAGGGAUCGCUUUAAUAAUAGUUCUGCUGGCGGAAGUCGUCAUGACUCUGCCCAUAAGAGGAAUUAUCGCGAUACAUCUCGCGAUCGUACUGACGAUAGAAAGCGUUCGAGACAAGAUGAUUAUAGACGCACCUCAUCAACUGGACGUGGCAAUCGAACGCCACCGCCCCCUCCCCCACCAAUGGUUUCGACAGCAUCGACAUCAAACUACCGUAACACUGGUGGAGCAAAUGCAACAAGCACUUCAUAUCGUGGCACAAACUCACGCAACGAUCGAGAUGACUCCACAGCCAAUACCAGCCGCCAUAGGUCUCCCAUGGGCAUACAAAAGCGUCCCAUACGCACUGGUUACGUGUCAAGAGCUCGCGGAAAUAUGUCCUCAUAUCACCGUGGUGGCAUGCGCACCACUCUAUUAAGGGGCGGUGUGCGCAUCAUUCGCAAUAACCGGAAUGACUCAAACGAUUUACGCAUUAUGCGACGAAAGCUGCUGUAUGCACAACAGAAAGAUCGUGCGCGUGUAUUGAAAAUACAGCGCCUCACAAGCUCAUUGCGUCGUCGUAGGAUUGUGCGUCGUUCGAAGAGCCCACGACGUUCCAAGAAGGGCGAUUCAUCUGAUGACGAAGAGGAUAAUGAUAAAGACAACGAUAGCGACAAGGACGAUAGCAAGAGCGACACCGAGACUAAGAAAAAGACAUCGAAGCGCAGCAGCACUAAGCGCAGCAAAUCUUCAGAAAAAGGAGAUGAUACCGAGAAAGUAGCUGACGAUGAUGCUGACGAAGAUGAUGAAGAUAUGGAAGGUGAUGAUACCGUUAAGGAGGGAUCGAAAUCGGCAAAGAAAAGUAAAAAGGGUGAGGAUUCAUCAGCAGAAACUGAUGAUCAUAAGGAUGAUGAAGAUGAAGAAGAAGAAGAGGAAGGUGGUGACGGUGACGGUGAAGCUGAAGGUGCAACAGGUGAUGCAACCACUGAUCUAGAUAAAGACAGUGGUGAAAAAGAGGUAAAGAAAGAAGGUAAGAAAAAAGAAAAGGAGAAGGAAGACGACGAUCACAAAAAGGAUAAAACCAAAAAAAGUUCAUCCUCGAAGAAGGAUAAGGAGAAGAGUAAGGAAAGUAAAGAGAAACGUAAGAAGGACGAUCAAAGCGAUGACGAAUCAGAGAAGAAGGAUAAGAAGUCACACACUUCACGCCGUGAUGACUAUAACAAAUCGCGCAACACAGGCUCGCGCGUCAAUCUCACAUGCAUUCACUGUCAUACAGGCUGUUUCACAUACCCGGACUAUCAGCAACACUUGUAUUCUCGCGUUCACAAGAGCGCUAUCCGACAAAUCUCACUUCGUCAAAAAGCACAUUUGUUGCGCCUGCGCGCUCGUCAACGUGCAGCACAGCGAGAAAUCGAGGAGAAUUCGAAAGAAGAAUAUGAAUCCAAGUUCUGUCACUUGUGUCGUCUCCAUUAUCGCCAACCGAAGGCUAAACAUCAAUUGUCCGAGCACCAUAAGACCAUGAAAAAGUUCUUAAUGCCAUAUUGUUCAACUUGUCAUUUGGCAUUCAAGAGCCCAAUGCUUUACGAAACACAUCGCUGCUCAUUGGAGCACUUAAAGCGCAAAGCACGCAAACGCGACUCGGAUAGUGACAAUAGUGACGAAGAUACCAGAGAGAUCGAUUUGAACAAAUUUUUGACUGUCGAUUCGGUGGGUGAAAUUGACGAAAUAGACGAUAUGGAUGUGGAUGCAUUGCUAAAUGAAGGGGAAGGUGGCACCGAUGGUGAAGAGAACAGCAAAGAACGACAACCAGUUGGCGCAUCGUUUAUCAAGAAGGUUGAUGCGUACUUCUGUGAACUGUGCAAUCAUUAUUCGGUAGCAAGUGAUUCCGUGGAAGCCUAUGCUAAGAAGCAUUGCUUACUACGUUCACAUCUCAAAGCUUUCCUACGCAAUAAAGAAGAAGAAGAAAAGGCGGCCAAAAAAGCUAAAGUAAAGGAAGAAAAGGAGGAAGCUGAGCUGGAUAAAAAAGACUCUAUAAAGAAAGAGAAUGAUGUUGAAGAGGAGGAGGAGAAGGAUGCUACGGAAGCAAACGAUCAUGAAAGUGGCGGAGAAGAAGGUGAAGAAGUUGCCGAAGAUAAGCUUUGGGAAGAUGUCGAUAAAGACUUGGGAGACUUAUUACGAGAAGUAGGUCCAGAAGAUCGUGAUGAUGAGGAAGAAGACGAAUCGGUGCUAAACAUCGAUAUCGAAAGUGAGAAACCAAAAGCUAAGGAGAUCAACGGCAAGAAGGAAGAACCUGCUGUUGCCCCACAGAGUGUAAAGACCGCUGCGCCUGAGGUCAAGGAAACGAAAGAAGUGAAACCUGACACUAAGGUACAAGUAACACCAGCUAAGCCCAAGCCACAGCGCAAAGCGGUUUCCACAACUAAAGCAGCUGCGUCUUCUGAAGCGAAGGAAAAAUCGACAGCAGCAAAAUAAAUUAUAAAUCUUAAUUAUACAACUUACAUUCUUAGUGAAACAUUAUUAAAUUACAAACUUUUGGAACUGUAAACUAUCGAAUAAGUUUUAUGGACUUGCUAAUUUAAAAGAGUUCUAAUAUAAGUGUUUUAAUCGUUACUGUUUAAUGCUGACAUUGUAUAACCAACCUAUACGCAUUAACUGUAAUAAGAUGUGCCGGAAUAAAUACACAAAAUAAAGAA